CCCCCCCAGGCUCCCCGGAGCCACUUAAUUGCCUGUGGGAGGGCAGUAAAGCGGGGGAGGGAGGUGGGGGACAAAAUAGGGGCGUGCCUUGGCCCCUGAUUGGCUGUAGAAUACUGACGCGAGGCCUCCAGGGCUGUGUUGGGGGGAGCUAACUGUGGGUUGGGGUGGGGUGCUGGGUGCAGGAGCUGCCAGACCAGAGCGCUCAGAAACAUGCUGAAGUCUCAGCAGCGACAGCAGCGACAGCAGCUACAGCAGCAGCCUGGGAGAGGAGGGAGGCAGCAGCAGGCGUGGCUCCUGCGCGGAAGGCACCCGGCGCGGAUGUCCCCGGCUCCGCGCUGCUGCCAACAGCUGUCUUGACCUGGCCCUGACCCUGACCUGUUUCUCCGUCCCCUUAGGCUCUUCGGGUUCCUCAAACUACGUCCCUACUCCGUCCCCACCCUACGUCUUCAGUUACUUCCUCCUCACGAUGGGAGAUGGUGCGCUCGGCUUAGGCUACGAGCCCUACAAUCUGUCAUCUCCUUCGCUGGCCCCCGACGGGGCGGGCGUAGAGGCAGCGAUAGCGGCAGCAACUGCAGCAGCAGCCACGGCCGCCCGGCUGCUGGUGCCCGCCUCUCCUGCCUCCUCUCUGCUGACCUCGACGACGCCAGCGCCCGUGGCCUUGUCCCAGCAGUGGACGGCAGGCAUGGGUAUGCUCAUGGCCCUGAUAGUGCUGCUCAUCGUGGCGGGCAACGUACUGGUGAUCGUGGCCAUCGCCAAGACGCAGCGUCUGCAGACGCUCACCAACCUCUUCAUCAUCUCCCUGGCCAGCGCCGACCUGGUCAUGGGGCUGCUUGUGGUGCCUUUCGGGGCCACCAUCGUGGUGUGGGGCCGGUGGGAGUACGGCUCCUUCUUCUGCGAAUUCUGGACGUCGGUGGACGUUCUGUGUGUCACCGCCAGCAUCGAGACGCUGUGUGUCAUCGCCCUGGACCGUUACAUCGCCAUCACGUCUCCGUUCCGCUACCAGAGCCUGCUGACUCGGCCGCGGGCGCGGGCGCUCGUGUGUACCGUGUGGGCCAUCUCGGCGCUCGUGUCCUUCUUGCCCAUCCUCAUGCACUGGUGGCGGGCGGACGGCGACGAAGCGCGGCUCUGCUACAACGACCCCAAGUGCUGCGACUUUGUCACCAACCGAGCGUACGCCAUCGCCUCCUCGGUGGUCUCCUUCUACGUGCCGCUGUCCAUUAUGGCCUUCGUCUACCUGCGAGUCUUCCGCGAGGCCCAGAAGCAGGUGAAGAAGAUCGACCGCUGCGAGCGGCGCUUCUACAGAGGCCCCCGCCCGCCGUCCUCGCCCUCGCCGCUGCAGCCGCCGCAGCCCCCGCAGCCCCAUGCGCCCCAUCAGCCGCCCCCCGCGCCCGCGCUGCCGCCGUCGCGCGCGGCUCUGGCCAACGGGCGCCCCAGCAAGCGGCGGCCGUCGCGCCUCGUGGCUCUCAAGGAGCAGAAGGCGCUCAAGACUUUGGGCAUCAUCAUGGGCGUGUUCACCCUCUGCUGGCUGCCCUUCUUCCUCGCCAACGUGGUGAAGGUCUUCCACCGAGACCUGGUGCCUAACUGGCUCUUCGUCUUCUUCAACUGGCUGGGCUACGCCAACUCGGCCUUCAACCCCAUCAUCUACUGCCGCAGCCCGGACUUCCGCAAGGCCUUCAAGCGGCUCCUGUGCUGCCCACGGCAGGCAGAGAGGCGGCUGCACGCCAGCGUCGGGGAGCUGUCGCGCGGGGGCUCCGGAGCAGCCACGGCCGGAGGCUGCGGCAGCUCUGCCGCGGGCUGUGCCACCCCGUCUCCUGCGGCCGCCUAUGCGGAGCAGGGCGAGCUGCUUCCCUCGUCGCUUCACUACCUGGAGCCCUGGGCCGGCUGCAACGGCGGGGCGACCGGGGACAGCGACUCCAGUCUGGAGGACAGGGACAGCAAAGACUCGUAUUCGGAAUCCAAGGAAACUGGUUUGGAAAUCCAAGAGGAAGAAAACCAACAGCCCUGAACUGUCUUCACAGGGAAGAGAGGAUCUGUGUUUACUCAAGACCGAAAGCAGGUGAUAGUGUAUCCUUCAUACCUCAUCUGAAUCAUCCACGACAAACAAAAGCAACUCGACCAUUGAACAGAAGGAAAGUUGGGGGCGGGGGGGAGGUGUUGCGUUUUUGGACUUUUCUUCUUGACUUUUGGGGGGAAGUGGGGCAUGAUGCCUGUUUCAUCUUUUCCACUCUAAUUCUGAUCCUUCCUGCAAGGAUUGUGAAAGUGUUAGUUGGGUAGAUAGGUGGGACGGAGAAAAGAAUACGGGAUUCAGAAAAAAAGAAAAACCAUGAACUUGGUUUUUCCAAGAGCUGCACUUACUAAUCCUGCUUUUUAAGACUAUCAGCUGUUCCCAUCCUAUUACUGGGAACUGGACCAGUCAAAGUAAGAGAAAAUGAAUCUGUGGACAGUUUGACAGGACAGGUUUUUUUUGGUUCCAUGAAAGUUUUUGUCAUUAUUAUUUCAAAGUCUGAGUAGUAACAUCUUUAAACAAAGAGAGGGGAAAGGAUGCAAAAAUCAUUUUCACCUUUUAAAACAGUUUUAUUUAGAACAAACAGCCUGGCUUUCCUUUUGCACGGCAAACCUAGCGUCUUGGCGAUGGUGAUGAAGCAGAGGGGCUCCUACCUCAAACUGUGCAUAUUGCACAGGGAUUUUUUUUAAAGAUAUGUUUAUAUUAAACAGAUUAUGUAUGUAUCAAUACUAGUUUAAAGGACCAGGCACGAGCCUCUGUGACACGUGACUCUGUCACAAUUUGAAGAGAGGAAACAGUCUUAGUGUCAAGAAAAAUUACUGCACAUUUGGAAAAAGAAAAUAAAAAAGAAUGGUUCAAAAUGCCUUUUUGCACAGUGUUAGAAAUUGUAAAAUCCACUGAAGAUAUUACUUGCACACACACACACACACACACACACACACACACAAAUUUUAAUGAGGGGAGGAGUUCAAAGUAACCUGAAAUCCAAACUCUACUUUUUUUGUCUGUUAUGUUAUUGAGUUAAUGUUUCAUUGCAAAAAAAAUUACUUUUUAUACUAUUUUAUCAUGGUACUGUAACUGUAUCCAUACUAAAAAUUUAAAUAUAAGGAUUUUUUUUAUUAUUUUUGUAUGUCCAAGUGCUCACGUGAAUCUGCUGUUAAUUUAGCACUUGUGUGUCAUUUCUAUUUCCUCCUGUGUAUUUUAUAAAGUAUUUAUACUCUGGUGCAACUAACUACUGUGUAAGUAAAUGGUCUAUGUGCAAUAAAUACAAAUGCAGCACAAUCAAGAUAUGUACAGUGUGUCUGUAAGGGUUUGGAAACAAUUUUCAGCUGUAAUGAAAAGACUAGCAUUUGUUUUGCUUGCAAAAGGGAUUGGAUUUCCAAUGCAACUAUUCCUAAUAGCCUUUCCUGACAUAAAAGCGUGGCAAAAUGUGGUCUAGACCAAAUAAAGCUAUAUUCCUAUUGAAAGCUUCUAAUUUUCCUCCAAAAUUCAGAGGCAGAUUCAAAGGCAUUUCCAAACCAUUUCUAGUACGGCAGGCUCCCAUAUGCUGUACUUGCCUCUUCUUAAAAGGUAACAUUUUGGAUUAUGUAAAGAAAUAUGAUUUUACCUUCAAAAUACAAUCUUCAGAACAACAGGUAAAACAACUGCUACUUUGCACAAAAGAAAUAGGGUAGACUAUAUGUGGAUUGAAUAAUGUGUUACCUGCUUUAAAUGAAAUCAGUAAUUCCUUGGUUUUCUAAUAUGUAGCCUACAAAGUUCAGUAUAUAGUAUGUAUAUUUCUCUAAUGGCUGUUUUGAAUGUAAAAUGCUUCCAUGGUCAAAUGAUUAUUUAUAAAAAUAUUUUCCGUUCAA